AUGGCCUUUGUGCCAAUCUAUAGCGGAUCAAUCGCUUCACUGAGCGGGAUGAAACGACCGGCCAACGCAUCGAAACGCAAAAAGACGGAUUCGCCACUCGAAGAUUCUGAAGAUGAAGACGAAAGCAUUACUGAAAGCUUAUCGUCUAGCGACGCGUGGAUGUUCCCUGUCAUGGGCUCGAUCGUCUUGUUUUCCCUCUACAUGCUGUUCAGGUACCUUGAUCCCCAGGUCUUGAACUACCUAAUCACCGGCUACUUUUCACUCAUGGGCUGCGCCGCAGUGGCAAAGACCGGUCUGAUGGUAACCAAAAAGGUGAUCCCAGUCAAGAUGCUCAAGUCGUGGGUCAGUAAAUAUCGAGUAACGUUGAGUCGGGAAGGAAAGCGUAAGUUAUCAACUCUCUUGAGUUUAUCACACGUCAGCUUUACCGUGAUCCACUUUAUUCUUUUGGGCGCAUCUAUUUUGUUGACCGUAUAUUACGGCAUGACCAAAAACUGGAUCGCAUCCAAUGUAUUUGGCUUGUCCUUCUCUAUCAACGCCAUUCAACUGUUGUCUCUCGACUCGUUCAAGACCGGCAUGAUUCUUUUGAGCGGAUUGUUCUUUUACGAUAUUUUCUGGGUCUUUGGCACCGAGGUCAUGGUUAGCGUCGCCAAGAACUUUGACGCACCCAUCAAAGUGAUCUGGCCCCGCGAUAUUAUUGGCUAUCUCUUGAGUGCUGAUAAGUCUGGAUUUGGUUUUGCGAUGCUUGGUCUGGGUGACAUUGUUAUUCCUGGUAUUUUUGUCGCUUUAUGCUUGCGAUUCGAUCGCCACAUGUCGUGGGAGCGCGAACCGAAGGGUGAAUUCCGUUCCACCUUGUUCAGCAAGCCAUACUUUACCGCUUGUAGUUUUGCUUAUAUUCUCGGAUUGGCCACCACUAUGGUGGUCAUGCACGUAUUCCACGCCGCUCAACCUGCACUGUUGUAUCUUUCUCCUGCUUGUAUCUUGUCCGUCCUGAUCACUGCAGCCGCCCGUGGUGAGCUCAAGGAACUGUUUGCAUAUACCACCGAAGAGGAAAGCGAAGAAGAGAAGAAAGAAGAGAAGAAAGAAGAGAAUGGCAAAAAGAAGAACAAGAAGACCAAGAAGGACAAAGAAAAGGAAAGCAAGGCGGAAGAAAAAGCCGUCGAAAAGGAAAGCAAGGCGGAAGAAAAAGCCGUUGAAAAGGAAACCAAGAAAGAAGCUGAUGAAGGAGUGUCACAGGUUGCUACAGAGGAGCAUAAAGCAGACGGUGAUGACGAAGAGGAGGAUGACUAUGUCGAAGUAGACAAGUCAGAAUCCCCUAAAAGUGGAAAGAAGAAGAAAGGUGGCAAGGGUAGUCGCAAGAAGAAAUAA